GGAAGUUUUUCCGUCAGUAAAGCCCGCACGUUGAGCCGGCUUCGCUGCUUCAAUUUCCAGGCUGCCUUCCUUCCCAUCAUGUCUUCCAAGAAGAACAGAAAACGGCUCAGCCGGAGCUCCGACAGCGGCUCGCCCUCGCCCGCCACGGCUCACUCUCCUGUGGGGGCCUCGGGGGCUUGUGCGGGAGGUGGCUUCUCGGAGGCGACCGGGACUCUGGCGGUGAUCAACUUCUUAGAAAAGGAUGACAAAAUUCCUAAAAAGUUCCAGAACUCCCUUGUUCAACUUGGACUCAGCACCAUGAAGUCUGCAAAUAUAUGUAUAGGCCGACCAGUGCUGCUGACCAGUUUACAUGGAAAACAAGAGGUCUACACCGCCUGGCCUGUGUCCGGCUUCCCUGGAGGCAAGGUGGGCCUGAGUGAGACAGCCCAGAAGAACGUGGGUGUCCGAGUCGGCGACGCCAUCCGCGUCCAGCCUCUGCUGGGCGCCGUGCUGCAGGCCGAGGAGAUGGACGUGGCGCUCAGUGACAGAAAUGUGGAUGUCAGUGAGGAACAACUGGUUGAUUGUCUUCUGAGAAAACUAGACGGCAAGAUCGUUUUGCCGGGCAGCUUCCUGUACAUUACGUUCUAUGGACGGCCUUGCAAGUUGCAGGUGCUGCAGGUGAAAGGAGUGGAUGGCGUGGUGCUGCGGUGGCUGCAGAGCGACUCCAACACGGAAGCCCCGGGGGUGGCCCCUGAACCAGCUGGCGCCGGGGCCAGCGCCCUGGAUCUGCCCGAACGGCUAAGCCAGCUGGAUCUGGACGAGACCCGGGUCCCACCAUCAGGCAGCACUCCCUGCAAACCAGUAGAUGACAGAAAGAAAAAUAAAGCUGGUGACAUUUUGUCAGAUGUCACACAGAGUCCUGGUGGCAGCAGCGGGCUUGGGCCCGAGGAAGUUACAGCCCCUGAAUGUAGCUUUGCGUCGGCCGGAGGAGGAAACGAGGGCCUCGCCAGUGAAGAGGGUGCGCCGGAGUCAGCCAGUCUGGGGGCACAGUGCCACACCGAUACGUUUUAUUUCAUCUCUGCAACCACCAGAGUCAACUUGGUAAAAGGUCACACAAAGUCGAAGGAGCCAGAGAACCAAUUCAGAGUGACUUACGACAUGAUAGGAGGCUUAAAUGGCCAGCUGAAAGCCAUCAGAGAGAUAAUUGAACUUCCUCUCAAGCAGCUCGAACUAUUCAAGAGUUACGGGAUCCCUCCGCCUAGAGGACUGCUACUCUGCGGCCCCCCCGGGACCGGGAAGACCAUGAUUGCCAGGGCCAUCGCCCACGAGGUCGGGGCCUAUGUGUCCGUGAUAAAUGGUCCGGAGAUUGUGAGCAAAUUCUAUGGGGAGACUGAAGCAAGACUGCGUCAGAUAUUUGCCGAAGCCACUCUGCGGCACCCAUCGAUUAUUUUUAUUGAUGAGCUGGAUGCGCUUUGCCCUAAAAGAGAAGGGACUCAGAACGAAGUGGAGAAGCGGGUGGUGGCCUCGCUGCUGACGCUGAUGGACGGCAUCGGUUCGGAAGGAAGUGAGGGACAGGUGUUAGUCAUCGGGGCCACAAAUCGCCCGCACGCUUUGGACGCUGCUCUCCGCCGCCCCGGGCGCUUCGACAAAGAGAUCGAGAUCGGAGUCCCUAACGCUCAGGACCGGCUCGAUAUCCUCCGGAAGCUCCUUGGAAAGGUGCCCCACGUCCUCACGGAAGCCGAGCUGCUGCAGAUGGCCAACGGCACUCACGGCUACGUCGGAGCAGACCUGAAAGCCUUGUGUAACGAGUCAGGUCUCCGUGCCUUGCGGAGAGUCCUGAAGAGACAGCCUGGCCUCCCUGACAGCAAGGUGGCCGGGCUGGUGAGGGUCACGCUGGACGACUUCUUGCAGGCGAUGAAUGAAGUCGGGCCCAGCGCCAUGAGGGAGGUUGCCGUGGAUGUUCCAAACGUAUCCUGGUCGGAUAUAGGAGGACUGGAAACCAUCAAACUGAAACUGAAGCAGGCUGUGGAAUGGCCCUUGAAGCACCCGGAGUCUUUCACCCGAAUGGGUGUUCAGCCACCUAAGGGAGUUCUUCUGUACGGGCCUCCGGGAUGCUCCAAAACAAUGAUCGCCAAGGCACUGGCCACUGAAAGUGGACUGAAUUUCCUGGCCAUAAAGGGGCCCGAGUUAAUGAAUAAGUAUGUCGGUGAGUCCGAAAGAGCCGUUAGAGAGGUGUUCCGCAGAGCGAGAGCCGUGGCUCCUUCCAUUGUUUUCUUCGAUGAGCUGGACGCCCUCGCCGUGGAAAGGGGCAGCUCUUCCGGUGCUGGGAACGUGGCCGACCGCGUUCUGGCUCAGCUCCUCACGGAAAUGGACGGCGUCGAGCAGCUGAAGGCCGUGACGGUUCUGGCCGCCACCAACCGCCCGGAUAGGAUAGACAAGGCGUUGAUGCGGCCGGGAAGAAUCGACAGAAUCAUCUACGUGCCUUUACCAGAUGCGGCCACGCGGAGGGAGAUCUUUAACCUGCAGUUUCACUCCAUGCCAGUCGGUCAGGAUGUGGAUCUGAAUGAACUCGUCCUCCAGACGGACACCUACUCGGGAGCAGAGGUCGUCGCCGUCUGCAGAGAGGCCGCCCUGCUGGCGCUGGAAGAAGACAUGAAAGCCAAGUGCAUCAGGAGAAGACAUUUCACUCAGGCCCUGAGCACCGUGACGCCCCGAAUCCCUGAGUCCCUGAGACGCUUCUACGAAGACUAUCAGGAGAAGAGCGGGCUUCACGCGCUUUAAAGUCAUGCAUAGUCAUGAGUCCGGAAAUGCUUCCUAGAGAAAACCGGUUUUGUUUUGAAGUUUUUUGUGGAGAAUGUUAUAUCUUUAAGAAGCAAAAUGUCAAGUGUGUUAAUGAAGGGCCUGUAGCUCUUGUAGAUAUUUUUAAAUUCUGUGGGUACAAUGAAAAUGUCCAUGAAAAUCUCUGGAUGGGAGAUUAAUCCGUUUCAUCUGGAAAUGUGAGCUCAUUUGAAAUGCAGACUUCCAGCUCUUUCACUUUGGACCUGGUUCCUUCAUCCCAUGAAAGGCUUUCUUGCCCCAGAGUGUGGUUCAGUGCACCCCUGAACGCCCGCCCGUGGGCAUCGGUUCACACCAGAACACAGAUGAGGCAUGUGGAGGAGCGUGUGGUGGGAGGCAUUUGCACAUCUUUAUUUUCGAAGGCCAGUGGGACGGCCGGGUGCACCGGCCCAGCUCCUGUGGCCUGGUUCCCAAACACAUGUUGGUUCUCAUUACGGUUCACACCUGCGUUUCUGCUGUAGCCAUGUUAACCUUUCCUUAUGGUGAAAAGGAAAAAGAAUGGAGUCAUUCCUUACAAUGUAAUGUGCUUUGGAAAUUUAAAUGCUGUAAGUUUAAACCAUAUGAAGUAUUCAUGUUUUAACUUGUAGACAUUUUCAAGUCACCAAUAAAGUUUUCAGUUAAAAAGCAAACCAAAUUGUACUCAAU